AUGAAACGAGUAAAAGAAAGCGGUGCGUCAUUUAGAAAUAAAAGAAAGAAAAGGGAGGAAAUACAGAUUAAAAACACUGGAGCACUACUCAAAUACAUCUCUCAUAAGCCAACUUCUAGUUCUUUUAGUAUUGUUGCCUCAAAUACGGGUGAAGAAGCAGCGCUCGAAGGCGAAAAAACAUUAUCCAAUGUUGUUCAAGAGGAAAGACCUGCUUCACACACUGGCGAAGAAGUAGAAAGUUUAUCAAGUCCUGAUGAAGGAUCUGCUGCACAAAUUAUUCUGUCUGUUUCUAUGAAAGAUAUUGGAAUAUGGCCUAACAAAAUUGAUGACAAUACAAGAGUAUUUCUGGUACUUCAAGGUCCCUUUUUAAUUCAAAAUUUAGACGCUGACUUCAGCGAAGGAAUAAAACGUUCUAAUAAUACAAGCAAAGCCAAAGGUGAAACAAGAAAACUGAGUCGGGACUGGUUUUUUCAAAUUUUACCUAAUGGCGAAAAGCUCUUAAGAUCGUGGAUGAAAUGGUGGAAACUUAAUCCUAAAAUUAGUCAACAUGAGGUUAGUCCUCAUGUUGAUGAAUUAGAAAUAAGACUUGGAAGUGGAGCAACUAUUGACAAACUACAACAACAGAAAUAA